ACUUUUUUCGAGGGCUUUGCCUCUCAGUCAUCCGAGUCAUUUGCUGCACCUUCAUCUUCAUCGGGGAAAAAAUGCAGCCGCCGCAGCCACCGCCACCGUCUGUAUCUCUUCACUCCAAUUUCUUUUCCUCGCUAAAGCAGGUCGAAAAGCGCCUAAAAUUAGACCAUCAAUCGCAACGGGACGUUCUUCAUCCACCACCGUCAUUUCCAGUAGAAACCAAUUCUUCUUCGUCGACCGAAGAUUCACUGAGCACUCCCAUGUACCUUCAUUUCCCCCAAACCAACACAUGCUCCGCCCUACAAGAAAGCAGCGAACCGCCACUCGAAUUCCUCUCAAAUUCCUCCCAAUCUCCACCAUCCCAUCCGAAAUCAGAAUCGAAUCCUUCGAAACACAUCGAUCGUGGCCAAAAUUGUGUUGUAGGCGACAUUCAACGGCUAAUUCAACUCUUAGGGUUAGGAAAUUCGUGUGACGAAAUGGAAUUAGGAGCUAAGAAUGGCUGUAAUGGCUGUGAGGGUUGUGAAAGUGGGUUUUAUAGUAAGAUCGUUGGCCUGAAAGGCCCUAAAUGUAAAAAGGAGGUGGAGAGACUAAAUGGAUGGAUUGAGUUCUUUAGUAAUGGUGGCGGUGAAGAAGAGAGAUUAGAGCCUCUUAGAUUGGCGUAUUUGCUGUUCGGGAAAUCUGUUUUUGCUUCUAACGGCGAUGAUGGGUGUUUGGAAGGAAUGGAAUUCCCUUCAACUGUAGAGGACUUCUUGCUGAAUGAUCCUCCUGCAUAAUAAGAAAAUGGGAAGGCAUGGCUGAAAAAUUCUGGUUUCAACCUGAAAUGAAGCCAUGAACAAGCUGCAACACCAGAGCUCAAGAAGAAUCACUUAAAUUAAGCCAAUUGGCUCUCAAAUGUUCAACCAAAAGCAUGUUCACUGUCACUUGAAGGUCAGUACAGAAACUCGUUGCUAAACCAGAGGAACAUAUGGUUUUGGUUUGGCCCAAAGGUGCCUCAAAAGAGAAGAAAAAAUGGUGGUGAAUUGAACUGAUUGGUAAGUUUAAUUCAGAUAUAUAAAUGUUCCUUGUGGCCAACUUUCUAAAUCCUGUCUUUGUAGGUUGGAAUGUAUGGAACUCAUGAGAUAAUUCAAACCAAGUCUAA